UGAAUUGUGCUCUCUUUUAGUUCCGGUCGUAAGUCAGCAAACAUGGCCGCAGAAGGUGAUGUCGAUUUGGAUCUGGAAGCCGAAGAAAACUGCACUGAAAAACCGGCAGAAAAACCUCGAAAACAUGACAGCGGCGCUGCUGAUUUGGAGCGAGUUACCGACUAUGCUGAGGAGAAAGAAAUUUUAAGCUCCGAUUUGGAAACGGCUAUGUCAGUGAUUGGCGACAGGCGCUCAAGGGAACAGAAAGCCAAACAAGAGAGAGAGAAAGAGCUUGCCAAAGUCACAAUCAAGAAGGAAGAUGUAGAACUUAUAAUGAGUGAGAUGGAAAUCUCAAGGGGUUUAGCCGAGCGCAGUCUGAGGGAACACAUGGGCAACGUGGUGGAAGCUCUCAUCGCUCUAACGAACUGAGCGCGUUCAACUGUACCCAACCCAGAAGCUAGCUGCCACCUUCCCAGCACCUCUUCCUGCUCCAGACUCAUGGACAAAACCUUUUCUUUUCUUUUUCUUUUUUAAUAAAAAUUUAAAUAUUGAAAAUGUU